AAUUUUCCACCUAAAAAUAAAUUCAAAACACAAAAAAAUUUUUUAAAUCAAAUUAAAUUUAAAAAAAAUACUUCUACAGUAUACCCAACUCAUCUCUCAUUAAUAUUCCUGUCUUUUCACCUCUUAAGAAGUCUCCCAGAGAUUUUAUUAUUUUUUUAAAUUAAAUUUUUUUUAUUUUUCCUAUUAAUCCCUUAACUUGUCCAACUAAAAAAAUUUUAAAAAAAAAAUUCCAAAAAAUUUUCAAAAAAAUCUUUUCAAAAAAAUUUUCAAAAAAGAAAAUUUUCAAUUUUCAGAGCAAUGCAAGAGACAAAAGUAGUCAUCGGCAUCGCCUGCUUUUCCUCUCUUUUGGCAAUUAUGGCCACUUUAGUGGUCAUGCCACAACUUUAUUCCCAAAUUAACGACUUGAAUUUACGUGUACGAGAUGGUGUCCAAGCUUUUCGGGUUAAUACAGACUCUGCCUGGAAUGAUUUGAUGGAAUUACAAGUUGCCGUUACUCCCCAAUCGAAGCCUCGUUCUAACCCCUUCCAAUCUCUCUACAGGCAGAAACGUUCCUUGCCGGAUUAUUGUAUCUGCCAACCCUUGGAGAUUAAUUGCGCACCUGGCCCACCAGGACCCCCUGGCCCACCCGGCCAGCCCGGUCAUCCAGGACAACCAGGACAUGUCGGACAGCCAGGAUCUCCAGGACAGCCUGCCCCUCCAUGCCCACUUCCCCAACAAGCCUGCCAACGAUGCCCUGCCGGAGCCCCUGGAACUCCAGGAAAGCAAGGACCAGCUGGUCAACCAGGACAACCUGGAAGGCCUGGAGCACCAGGAAAGAGCAGCGGUGCUGGACCUCCCGGCCCAGCCGGUCCACAAGGACCCCCCGGACCUGCAGGAAAGCACGGAGGACCUGGUCAACCAGGACAACCAGGAAAGAACGGAGUCAGCCACCCAACCAUCCCCGGACCGAAAGGACCGUCAGGCUCUCCUGGCCAACCUGGCAAGCCUGGACCAGCCGGAGUGCCCGGAAAGCCCGGCCCAGAAGGCCCUCCAGGACCAGUCGGCCCUGCCGGCCCCUCAGGCAAGCCUGGAGCUCCAGGACAACCAGGUCCUCACGGACCCCCUGGCCAACCAGGACAAGAUGCUCAGUAUUGUCCCUGCCCACCACGCUCAUCUGUGCUCAAGGCAAAGAAACGCGCUUAG